CCUUAAUUCUGCGCGGGUGCUAACACUUUCCCCUCAUACCUGUGCUCUUAGUCCUGUCUGCAACACCUUCUCUGGCAGCUCACAUUUGACCUUGGCAAUUACAGCCGACUUUACCUGUAUGGCUUGUGGAUAUUGGGUCACGCUGGGUAAAGCUCCCCUCCCCCCUGCCACCCCCAUAAAAUUGUUUUCUCAUUCCAGGAUAAAAGAAAGAUUUUUUUUUUUUUGACCUUCAACAGAACUCAAAUCAUACUUUUCCUGAUUUCUGAUCACCUCUGCCACCAUGAAUCUAGUCUCCUGGGUGUCUCUACCUAUACACGGUAUGCACUUCCAGCCACGUAUAUGAAUAUCUUACUUUCUGUCUAAAUAGAAAGUUCUGAAGGUCAGCACUUGUGUCCUUGUCUCAACAAGUGUCCUGAAUUUCAGAGAUUCCCCAAUAAAUACUUGAUUGUCUCAUAGGUAUUCCUUGUUUUCCCUGCCACCCCCUGCCAAGAAGUUUCCUGUCAUAACUGUGGAAUUUCACUCUGUUUUUGUAAAAGAAAAGUGUGAGGUUUGUCCCCAUUUACCAGGUCUCUGAAAUUCCCAAGCAGCUGGGGUCUCACCUUGUCUAACACCUUGCAGUAUAUUUUGGAAAAAUCCCGAGUAGGGUGGUGUCUGGGAUGAAAAUGCUUGUCAUGGGGUAUUACUGAUCUGUGGGCUUUAUUAUUUUAUUAAUCUGUACAAGGAUAAUGCAUAGAUCUCCAGGUUCCCCAUCACUAAGCUGUGCUCAUGGAGCACACACUGUCACAAGGACCUCAGCAAUGUGCUUUUGCACCAUCCCCCUCCUAACUGUGGUUAGACCUUUGAGAACCCCGCACGUGUUCUAUCCUGACGUGCAUCACACUUGCUCUAAUUGCUUGCUUAAUUGUCUUCCCCUCUCACUUCUGAGCUUUUUAAAGGCAGGACUCAUGUCCGUCUUGGUCACCAGGAGGUCCCUGAGGCCUAACCCAGUGACUGACAAAUAGUAGGAGCUCAUUUAAUGAGUGCAGGGUUACAGGAAUGAAUGAAGUGUCAACGCUUCCAAAGAGCCUAGUUGUCUUGCCCUCUUGUGCAGCUUCAGCGGGGGAGGCCUCUAGUGCCUGUUGGUCAUUUUGGCUGCUUAUUUCCCUCCUUUCAUGCCCCUUGCAAAUGUCUGUUGUUCAAUGUGAAGGGCACAUCAGUAGCGCGCCCACGUUAGGUGGAACUUUGAGUUAUACCUAGGAAGUGGGGAUGAUUUUCUGUCUCCAUGGACCUACUUCCUCCUGUUUUUUGACUUUGUCUAGUCCUUUAACUCAUCAGUGCCAAAGUUACCAGUGAAGGCAUCAUUACGUCCAGGUACCAAGAGCUCACAUUAACUUAACGUUUGAUGUGUGCUCAGUGCUCAGUGCUCAUGCUCAGUGCUCAGUGCUUCGUUCUGAGGGUCAUUUGAUUCUCUAAACAGCCCUGCAAAGGAAGACACUGUUCUUGUCCCUCCUGUUACAGAUGAAAACCUCUGGCCCCAAAUCAUUCAGUUAGCAAAUGUCAGAGCCAGGGUCCAUCUGUCCCCAGGCCAUCCUUUCCAGACCCCGUGUUCUGUUGUUAACUCUCAUGAAGUUGGUAGUCCUGGGCCACCUUUCCUCUUUGCUGCUUCACUGUUCAUCACUUGUGAAUUGCUUCUCGAGAUUCUCAUAUGAUCAUAAGGCUGCCAGAGAGUAGCAGGCCUAUCUUCAGGUGAAGAAACUGGGACAGGGGCAUGGAAAGUCGAAAUGACUUCUCCAUGGCCACACCAGAGUAGGAUGCCUCCUCGCCAUUGGUGGCCCCCAAAUGUUGUAUUUGCUCAUCUCCUCCUUGAAGGAAAUUGAGGUCUAGGGGGACCAUCCGCUUCCCCACCUGCUCUGAGCUCUGUGUGAUGGACACCUAAAGUGGAGUGGGACUCAUUUGUUCGUAUUCUGUUUCAGUUAGUGCCAAGUUAGACUAGGUCCCAUGAUUUUCACCAUGAAAGGUCUUCUCUGAACCGAAGAGAAGCAUUCUGAAAGAAGUUAUAGGGCAUUAUUAAUACAAUUACAUAUAACAAAAGAAUAAUUUAACUUCCCCACAUCUAACAAAGAAAUUCAUUUGAAGCUUCAGGAACUCCCGCUGGAAGGGCAGAGCUCAUCAGAGUGGGUUCCUCAGGUGGGGGAGUGUGGGCAAGGAGCCGUGCUGUCUGCUUUGUCCUGGGGACCGCUUCCAUGCAUGAUGGGAUAAACUUAUCUCCCCACUUCCCCGGCCCCUCCCUCAGCCUCCACCUAAGGAACCCCCAGCACUUCCUUAUCACAAGCAUACCGGCGAGGAUAUCAGCCGGCACUUGCCUCUCACAGCAUAGACAGGCAAAACUGAAAGAACACUUGAUUUUAAACCAGAAGAUGAGGUGACCAUGUAAAUACUCAGAGGAUAGAAACAAUGACCAUCCUCGUGGAAAGAAGGCCUUGGUGAUUUUUUUUUCUGACUUCUUCCAAAAUGUCAGAAAUCACGGUUAUUUAUGGAGUGUGACAUUGUAUCAGUCCUCACUGCGUUGCAUUCAAUACUUGGCCCUGAUCUCACUAGAGUGAGCUAGGAGAGAGCAGAUGCUGUAUCUAUACCUAGUCCCUAGAAUAGUGCAUGGCAGAGUAGAUGCUCAGCAGAUAUUUCUUGAAUGAAGGGAAGUUACAGAUGAAGAAAUUGAAGACCUCAGGAGUUUCUAGUUACUAGUUAUUGGUAGCUAGUCGCCAGUAACUAGUUACUAGUAACUAGUCCAAGGUCCAAUGAGACUAGUCCAAGGUCACAUGACUUGCAGAAAUGAAAGGAUUCGAACCCAGGACUCCCAGGCUCUGUGGAUUCCUUCUUGGUGAUGGCUUAGAUAGUCCUGUUGGAGCAGUGAAUGGGAUGUUAGAGACCCAAAGGUGUUUAACAAAGCUGCAGUCUGAGAUGCAGGAAAUACAGGUUCUGGCCUACCCUUGCUGAAUUCCCAGCCUGGCUGUAGGAAGAAAAACCCAUUCUCUACUCAAAGCCUCGGUUUUGUAAUCUGUAAAAUGCAGGAAUGGAAGAAGUGCUCUUUAAGAGUCCCAGGGUCCUCAGAUACCCCUGAGCUGAUUUAUGCUUUGUCAUCUCUUAUACUCAGGAGGAGCUAGGGUCAGGGCCAGAGGGAGGCAAUGACUAAUUCAUCACCCAAGCACCUGAGGAAAAUAGUCUUGUGUUUUAUUUCCGGCAUGCACAAAAAUUCAAGGAUGACGUAGUCUCCGACCAACAAACACCCAGAAAUGAAAGUUAAAGAGACAAAACAAAGUACAGGCAUUUGAAGACUCCAUACAUUUUGGGAGUGGGGGAGGAAAAAACGAGCUUGGAUUCCACUCCAGGGUUGAUGCAACAUAUAAUCUAAAACAGGCGCUCAGGUUGAUAACUGUGCCCAGAUCCGAUCCCCGGCACAACCUUUAAAAAGAAAAAAGAAAAAGAAAAGAAAAUAGGCGUAUAUCUUUAAAGCCUGUCUUCUUACGUGUGAUAUUUUUGUACUCCUUCGGGAGGAGGGUGCAGACCUAGGGCCUUCAUAUCCAGAGAAGGCUUUUCCCCCCACCCCUCCCUGGCUUGGGGAUUAUUGAUUGGGAAGGCGAGGCUAAUUUACAUGUAAAUAAAUCUCGGUGCUGGGCAGCGGGUCGGGACGUCCAGAUGCCGUGACUGACUUGCUGACGUCACGGCUUCAUUAGCAUGCGGAGGAUGCGGGCACUGCAACAGCGACUUCUCCGGCACCACCAGCCUCUCCAACCACAGUUAUUAUUAUUUUUUUUGGCCGAGCUGCACAGUUCGUGGUUCGGCGUCUUGGGCUCCUCGACCAGCUGACUGGUUGCCCCGGGUCUGGCUCCGGAUCAGUUGGUGACGCUGACGCUGGGGUCUGUGACUUCCUGCGGAUUGAGAGGCUGGGUUCGCAGGCAGGCAGUCGGAUCCAGAGGAAGGGUAGAAGUCACACUUUUUUUUCCCCCCUUGCGCGGUGGGUGCCCAGCAGGGUCUCCAUCCAGCAGUGCUGUUUUCCACCAGCGCAUGCAGAGCCGCUCCGCCUUGAGCCUGCCUCUGGCUUCGGGAAGGGUCUAGAUUUUAAGAAGGGUUUCCAGAAGAAGAUGCUUUGGCUGCCUGUGGUCCUGCUUGCGUUCUUAGAAGCCAGACCUGGGGAGAAAGUGAACUGUGGCAACUGACAAGCUCAGAGGGUCUGGUGGAAGCUUCCCCCACCCCUGAAACUGGGCAUUUUAUCCUCCCUGGAGGAAGAUCUGCCUGCACUGCAAGUGCCCUCAGGAGGAGCACAUGGUGACAGUGAUGCCCCUAGAGAUGGAGAAGACUGUCAGCAAACUCAUGUUUGACUUCCAGAGGAACUCCACGUCAGAUGACGACUCGGGCUGCGCCUUGGAGGAGUACGCCUGGAUCCCGCCGGGACUGAAGCCCGAACAGGUUCAUCAGUAUUACAGCUGUCUCCCAGAAGAGAAGGUUCCCUACGUCAACAGCCCCGGAGAGAAGCUUCGAAUCAAGCAGCUACUACACCAGCUGCCACCCCAUGACAAUGAGGUUCGAUAUUGCAACUCGCUGGAUGAGGAGGAGAAGAGGGAGCUGAAGCUCUUUAGCAACCAGAGGAAACGUGAAAACUUGGGCCGCGGGAAUGUCCGGCCCUUCCCCGUCACGAUGACGGGGGCCAUCUGUGAACAGUGCGGAGGCCAGAUUAACGGCGGGGACAUCGCCGUGUUUGCGUCUCGCGCCGGCCACGGUGUCUGCUGGCACCCGCCAUGUUUCAUCUGCACCGUCUGCAACGAGCUGCUGGUGGAUCUGAUCUACUUUUACCAAGAUGGGAAGAUCUACUGUGGCCGGCACCACGCGGAGUGCCUGAAGCCACGCUGCGCAGCCUGCGAUGAGAUCAUCUUUGCAGACGAAUGCACAGAAGCUGAGGGGCGGCACUGGCACAUGAAACACUUCUGCUGCUUCGAGUGCGAGACGGUGCUUGGCGGCCAGCGCUACAUCAUGAAGGAGGGAAGGCCCUACUGUUGCCACUGCUUCGAGUCCUUGUAUGCAGAAUAUUGCGACACCUGUGCCCAGCACAUAGGGAUCGACCAAGGUCAGAUGACCUAUGACGGCCAACACUGGCAUGCCACUGAGACCUGUUUCUGCUGUGCUCACUGUAAGAAAUCCCUCCUGGGGCGGCCCUUCCUCCCAAAGCAGGGCCAGAUAUUCUGCUCACGGGCCUGUAGUGCCGGCGAGGACCCCAAUGGCUCUGACUCAUCCGAUUCGGCCUUCCAGAACGCCCGGGCUAAGGAGUCCCGGCGCAGUGCCAAAAUCGGCAAGAACAAGAGCAAGACGGAGGAGCCCAUGCUAAACCAGCACAGCCAGCUGCAGGUGAGUGCCAACCGGCUGUCGGCCGACGUGGACCCCCUGUCGCUACAGAUGGACAUGCUCAGCCUGUCUAGCCAGACGCCCAGCCUCAACCGGGACCCCAUCUGGCGGAGCCGGGACGAGCCCUACCAUUACGGGAACAAGAUGGAGCAGAACCCGUCCCAGAGUCCCCUGCAGCUUCUCAGCCAGUGCAACAUCAGAACUUCCUACAGUCCGGGAGGGCAGGGGGCCGGGGCCCAGCCCGACAUGUGGGCCAAGCACUUCAGCAACCCCAAAAGGAGCUCCUCGAUGGCCAUGAAGGGGCACGGUGGCAGCUUCAUGAAGGAAUGCCGAGAGGACUAUUACCCGGGAAGGCUGAGAUCCCAGGAGAGCUACAGCGAUAUGUCGAGUCAGAGCUUUAGUGAGACCCGAGGCAACAUCCCAGUCGCCAAAUACGAGGAGGAGGAGGAGGAGGAAGGGGGCAUAGCCACUCAGCAGUGCCGGACCCGCCAUCCCAUCAGUUCCCUGAAGUACACCGAGAACAUGACACCCACAGAGCAGACCCCUCCGGGCUCCAUGGAGUCACUGGCCCUGUCUAAUGCCACAGGCCUGUCCGCAGAUGGUGGGGCCAAGCGCCAGGAGCACCUCUCCCGGUUUUCCAUGCCUGACCUCAGCAAAGACUCUGGAAUGAAUGUCUCCGAGAAGCUGAGCAACAUGGGCACGCUUAACUCGUCCAUGCAGUUCCGGAGCGCAGAGUCGGUUCGCAGCCUGCUCUCUGCCCAGCAGUACCAAGAGAUGGAGGGAAACCUCCACCAGCUCGGCAACCCCAUUGGGUACAGAGACCUGCAGUCCCACGGCAGGCUGCAUCAGAGCUUUGAUUUUGAUGGGGGGAUGGCCAGCAGCAAGCUGCAGGGGCAGGAGGGCAUGAGGAUCCAGCCCAUGAGCGAACGCACGCGGAGGAGAAGUACCUCCCGCGACGACGGUCGCCGCUUCCGACCUCACCGCUCCAGGCGUUCCCGGCGCUCUCGCUCGGACAACGCCCUGCACCUGGCCAGCGAACGCGAGGCCAUCUCUCGGUUAAAAGAAAGGCCCCCCCUCCGAGCCAGGGAGGACUACGACCAGUUCAUGCGCCAGCGGAGCUUCCAGGAGAGCCUGGGCCAAGGGUCCCGAAGGGACCUGUACGGCCAGUGCCCGAGAACGGUGUCAGACCUGGCUCUGCAGAAUGCCUUCGGGGAGCGCUGGGGACCCUACUUCGCCGAGUACGAUUGGUGUUCUACCUGCUCCUCCUCUUCGGAGUCUGACAACGAGGGCUACUUCCUAGGAGAACCCAUCCCCCAGCCCGCCCGCCUGCGAUACGUCACAAGCGAUGAGCUGUUGCACAAAUACAGCUCCUAUGGGCUCCCCAAGUCUUCCACGUUAGGGGGCAGGGGACAGUUGCACAGCAGGAAAAGACAAAAAAGCAAAAACUGCAUCAUUUCCUAAUAGGCUUGGGGUCAGGGAAUGGGGGAAGAUGGGAGCUAAGAAUGUACAUUCAGAAACUUGCACUGUUUUCCAUUGUAAAGCGCUUUUGGGGGGUGGUGGCUAGAGGAGAAGAGGGAAAUGCUGGCCGUGGUGGAGGCAAGGUAAUAGACUGACUCAAUAGGUAGUCCCAGUUCUCGGCAUGUUGAAUAUUAUUUGCACAUUUCACUUUGGAAACGCUAUAGACUCUGGAGGCCAGGGUUGGUCCCCUCCUUCCCGUCAGUCUGUGUUGAGUCGCCUUUCGCAAGAUGGCAAACUGUUUCCCGCUCGCUUAUACCCUCUCUGGUUCUCUUACUUUUAGGACCCUUUUUCCAGUAAGUAAUUUGUUUAUUAUUAGCCAGGACCCAAGACUAAGUUAUUUACAUGUCCAUUGUAAAUGCAAUGUAAAUGAGAGUUCUGAUAAAAUAUUUUUGUAUUUUGUAAUAUCAAAGGAAUUUCUAUAUCGUAGGACUCAGUGGAAAUUUGCAUGCACGCCCAGCGUUGUCUUUGAGUAGUACAUUCAGAGGCGGUCCAGGACCGCCUUUUCUUUUUUUUUUUCUUUUUUCUAUACAAAUUUGUUACAUGUCAGUGAGACCUUUUUCAAAGGAGUUUAUUCAAUUUGACUUUUUGUGGCUAAAAAAAAAAAUUAACCAUUACACCCAAAGUAUUUUAUGCUCCAUUCUACCUUAAGGAGACAUCCUUAAGUCUGCUCCUGCCCUCGGUAGAAUUUCUUCUCUACAAAGUGAUAGUAAUUUUUUUUUUUUUAAUUGCAAACGUAACUUUUGCCAAUUAGAGAAACCAACCAGUGUCCGUAAACUCCCGUGAGCAACGCCGUCCCUGCUGGGAACAUUGAAGUUGCUUGCUGUUGAUCUGUCCCUUGGGGAAAAUGAAAGUGACUGUGAGUGGUACCCGUCGUGUGAUGUCAGCAUGACGUUGUUUUGAAUGUGGCAUUAUUUUCUGGUGCUCAUGUUUCCUGGAUUAUAUUAUCUGCUUUCCUUUACCAAGGCAGACGGAACAGCUGCCUUAGCCUGACAACCGGUUGUCCUCAGUGCAAAUGAACUUAAGCAGUAGACAUGUAGAAGGUCCUGCGGGGCUCUGGGAGGGACGGGGUGUUCUAGAUCGUACGUCAUGCGUGGAGAAGGAACAAGGGAAUUCGAAAGCAGAAAGCAGGUCAAGGGUAGAGACUGAAGGGGGAUAUGAAGGAAGGUCAGAGUAAAGAAGAGCUUCGGGAAAUGAAGUAGAGUGGGAGGUGACCGCUACCUUGAAUAACCACCCCCCCCAACCCAGUGCUUGUAGAAAGAACCCAGUUUAACACGCCCCGUAACCAGAGUGUCUGGGUGACCCAGGAAAGGGAGCAGCUUGGGAGAUUUCAGGGUGACGGCCUUGAAGAGCAGAUGCUGUUCAAAGGGGGAUUUCCGUGUUGAACUUUGGGGACUGUUGGUCAGACAGAAAUUGGGCUCAAAAGUGAGUUUGCUUGAAGAAGACAUUUAACGGUUGUGUUGUUUAUAGUAAAAUAAAACUUCCUACCUUGCUUCAGUUCACAAUGAAGCCCUUGCUUUCUCUUCCAUUCUCCUCCUCCCUUGAAUGGAUUGUAGCAGUUGAAAUAAUCCAUCGGAGGACCCACCUUUAGUGAGAUGUACUGUUGAUGUAGUACACGGUGUAACUCAGUGGCCAUCUGCCGUGGUGAGGUGAGCGUGGUCUCUUUUCAGUAUAGUAGUUAAUAUUUUCUAAUAUUUUUUUUUUAUGGAGAGAAUGUGAGAUGUGGCUUUUCAGACACCAUCCCAAAUGGGUCUGGGGAAAAGAAGGCUGUAAAGGAUGUGGAAAUGGCACUCCAUUCAGGAUGUAUUAAAAUAAUUUGCUUUUCAGGUAUUAAUAUGACAUUUGUCAUUGUCACUGAUUUAAAAAAAAAAAAAAGCAAUGCAAAUGUUGGUUGUGGCUGUUUUCCGCAUGCUAUCUUCAUAUCUAAAUGCUUCAUUACUUAUCCAAGCCUCCGGAGAAUUAACUCUAUUACGUUUGUAUAGUAAGUUUGUAAACUGCUUGGCAAAACUGAUUAAGAAACAAUGUGCAACACCAUGCUACUGAAGUGGCAGGUUUCUGGUAGAAAUCGGGCGAGUUCAAUUUGGAGUUUGGAGUUCCUUGAUUGAUGAGAAUGAAAAGGCAUUUUGGAAAAAGAAAAGAGAGACAAAAGUAGAUCGCUUAACAUAGCAAACAGCUGAAAAUCAUGUCUGUCCUCUGUGGCCUGGAAUCCAAUGAAAGAAAUUCUCCUGGUAAAAGCUGCUUUCUAAGUCCAUCCUCUCCAGAAGUACCCCCUUACCUUCCCCCCAUGAGGCUUGAGGCACCCUCUGCAGGAAGAAGAGGGUAGCCUGAAAUCGACCCAUAGCCACAUCCCAUGAAGGGGUUGGGAGGACGAAACGAUUUCAGAGCUAGCUGCCCAGGGGGCGCCCGGCAGCUCAACUGGCCAGAGCUUGAAAUAUACUGAGAUGGAAGCCUCAGGGUCACACUGUCUCUAACCAAGGUCGCUUCCGUGUGUUCCAUUGCGGCUUCUCCCCACCCCACACGCAGCCAGGCGCCUUACAGACGAUGCCCACGAGGCUGGUUAAAUCAUCACAAAGGUGAUGGGACCUCUAAGUGAAUGCCCCGGAGAGAGCAGGAUGUCAUGGUUGUAGGAAUCCUACCUGUUCGUGAUGACUUACACCUAACAUAACAGAACUCCGUUCCUGAAAACUCAAUGUGUUCUCUUUGGAGGCAAGAACUUAGGGUCCUCACCUGAUCCCUCUGUCAUAACCACGAGCUCUUCCUCGUCAAGUUUUGCCUGUGAGUGGGGCUUACACUCACCUCUUCCCAGAUCUCCUUGCAUCUUUGAUAGACCGUUCCAGAAAAGUAAUUUUUCCUAGUUCCCUCUCAUCUCUAAUACUUUGGGUUUGCUUUUUCUACCUCUCUUCAUAUUGGUCCUCUUGGCUUUUGGUGAAAACGACCACUUGGGUCUUCAGGUCGUUUCUUAUCGCUGCUCAACUCCAUGGCAACAGAACGGGCUUUUUUCCAGGAGAAAGUAGCCAUUGACAGUUUCCUAAAUGUCCCUGCCAAUACAUAUGACCCUCGAUACUGUGAACAGCUUUCUUAGCAGCCUGGUGGCAUGGAGGGUGGCGUUUAGGUACCCUUCCUUCUGUCCUAUAGUUCCGUGAAGGUGAAUGAGGUGAGGGAAAGCAGAACCAUGCUCCUAGGUCCUGCGCAGGUUCAAGGUGGGUAGAGUUGUGGAUUGGUUGUUGGUUGUUGGUUCUUCCUACAUUCACCUUCUCAUCACUAGUCCUUCCCUUCUGUCCUCAGCCAGCCCAGUGAACAAGCAAUUUUGUCUUUCCAGGAGGGGACCACAAGACAGCUCUUGCUCUUUCUCUGUCCCCAUUCUGUAGGAUGCUUUUGCACUGCAGCAAACUGUAUUGCCUUCUCCUGCGGUGGUUUUCCACUGCUUGGGUCCCCCUCACCGUAUCUGAGUUCAGGUGCGGCCAGCGAUGACACAGACAUAGCACACGCUCUCCCAUUCCUGGUAAAACCAGCGAAUCUCACCACACUCUCCCAGGGAGCGUGGAUGCAGUCUCAAAAAUCUUUGUGACGCUCCAAGCACCGAGGAUCAGUGGGUUAGAACUGAGGUCAUUUGAUAACAAAUCUCAUUUGGGAACUGAUUUUUAUCUGUCUUUCCAUCGUUGCCGUUGGCCCCAAAUGGCACACCAACCUUGUAGGAAGCAUCAUUCGUAAAUGACUGUGAGAGCCCCCAGUUCCUUUGUGGGUGCUAAAAGUGGAGACUGACUUCUUUAGGCAAAACAAAGACAAAUCUCUUGGGCCUCCUUCUGCAUUCCCAUGUUCUUGGCCAAUUAUUACAAGCAGCCUUCUGUUCAUCGUUUUGCAGAGGUCAAAUAAGAGGCCAUCUUAUUCUUCGUCUAAUCCCACCUUCUAACCAGAAAUAACACAAAUAUUUAAAUUCCAAGGAGAAGUGCUCUUUGUGUGUUUCUGUCUAACAGAAACCAGAUGCUAAUGCCUAAGACAGAGGAUCUAUCUAGGACCAGAGGAGAGUGGGAAAUGAAACCAGUUAUCCAUUUCAUGCCAGAAGAGUUGCUGUUAGCAACCUUUUAGCACCUUGAAGGCGGCUUCAGAUUGCCGCCUUUUGAGGUGCAUCUCUCAAAGCACAAGGGAAGUAGAAAUGAAGCCAGCUUUGCCUGGCCUCCAGUGCUGGGUCCCUUGGGGCCAUCAGCAGACACCGGGGCUUGUCUUGUCUGGCCACUUGGAAGCAGUUGUCAAGGUUAGGACCAAGAAAGGAUUGGAUUCCUUUUCCAUUUUCUCGUAACAGUAGCCCAGUCAACACAAGACUGCCAUAAACCAUGACUCACUGUUGGGAGCUAUACUCUUUUAUACGCUUACUUCCUGCUGACAAAGCUAGCUUUCCCCAAGGGGAAUUUAAAAAGGAGGGAGCAAAGUCACGUCGUGUAGGAAAACAUUACUGGUGGUUGAGAUGCGAUGACUCUGAAGGAUAGAAAAAAGAAUUGUUCUAUCCUGGCAGUUUUCAGAGACAUCCCUUCACUCUACUGGGCAUUUGGCCAUCUGUGUUCAAUAGGUCCCUGACCCACCUUUUUUAAGAUUUUUUGGAGAGAGUUACCCACUAGUAAGAUCUGUUCUCCAGCCUCUGGUUGAUACUCCCGUGUUUCCCUAAAGCAUUUCGCUUCUACGAUGGACCCUGACUUCACAUUCUAAGGUCUACAAGUCCUUCAUUUUCCUUAGGAAAUUAGGACUUUGGCAGUUUUCCCUCUCCAAACCGCAUUCUUUCCUGCACAGGAUUGCUUUGCCCAUCUCGUGCUUUAACUCCAAGUGCGUAAACAAAACCUCAGAGGGUCUGAGAAGGUGAGGCAGGCCAGACUCUGUGUUGUGUGUCGAGUGUCAAGCUUUUUCUAAAGAAGGUCUGCAACGGGCCUUUGGUGUGGGCUCUGCCAGAGACUGUUGUGAACACUUUGCUUGAGAUCCGUGCCCUGUAAAAUGGAUAUGUUUUACUGAUGUCUGUAAUACAUUUGUAAACUUCCAAAAUAAAAUUUGAAUAAAAGAAA